CUGGAAGACGAAGCUUCCAGGUAGCUGUCCGCAGGGUCUGACCCAGAAUACGACGGGGCAGCCGGCGGGAGCCCACGGUCCCUGGGCGGCCUCUUUAAGGGAGGGGGCGGAGCCACGUGGAAGGAUCCCGAGGCUCCAGACUUCCUGAGCCCAGGUACCCCCAGCUCAGUGCAGCCAUGAGUGCCGAGGUGAAGGUGACAGGGCAGAACCAGGAGCAAUUUCUGCUCCUGGCCAAGUCGGCCAAGGGGGCAGCGCUGGCCACUCUCAUCCACCAGGUGCUGGAGGCCCCUGGUGUCUACGUGUUUGGGGAACUGCUGGAUAUGCCUAAUGUUAGAGAGCUGGCUGAGAGUGACUUUGCUUCCACGUUCCGGCUGCUCACGGUGUUUGCUUAUGGGACGUAUGCUGACUACUUAGCUGAAGCCCGGAAUCUUCCCCCACUCACAGAGGCUCAGAAGAAUAAGCUUCGACACCUGUCAGUCGUCACCCUGGCUGCCAAAGUCAAGUGUAUCCCAUACGCAGUGCUGCUGGAGGCCCUGGCCCUGCGGAAUGUGCGGCAGCUGGAAGACCUCGUCAUCGAGGCCGUGUACGCCGACGUGCUGCGCGGCUCCCUGGACCAGCGCAACCAGCGGCUGGAGGUUGACUACAGCAUCGGGCGGGACAUCCAGCGCCAGGACCUCAGUGCCAUCGCCCGAACCCUGCAGGAGUGGUGUGUGGGCUGCGAGGUGGUGCUGUCAGGCAUCGAGGAGCAGGUGAGCCGCGCCAACCAGCACAAGGAGCAGCAGCUGGGCCUGAAGCAGCACAUUGAGAGCGAGGUCGCCAACCUGAAAAAAACCAUUAAAGUCACAACAGCUGCCGCCGCCGCGGCCACGUCUCAGGACCCCGAGCAGCACCUGACGGAGCUGAGGGAACCGGCUCCAGGCAGCAACCAGCGCCAGCCCAGCAAGAAAGCCUCGAAGGGCAAGGGGCUCCGAGGGAGCGCCAAGAUUUGGUCCAAGUCGAACUGAAGGGACUGUCGUUUCUUCUGGGAUGUGGGGUCCUAACUGCCUGCCUGCCCCUUAGGAGUCCUCAGAGAGCCUUCCUGUGCCCCUGGCCAGCUGAUAACCUAGUUCAUGACCCGUCACCUCCCUUCUUCUCUCCCACACCCCCAGGCAUAGACCACACCGUCUCUGGGGGGAGGCAAGUACAAGUCGUGUUUUUGUUGCUACUUUUUGUUUCACGUAACUUUCUUGUGUGUCCCAUUGUCCCCUCUUCCUGCCACGCUCCCUCCCCUAUUUCUUUAGGAGUCAGCGUCUGUCCCUGUUUAUUAUACGUCACUGAGUGGGUGGGGCUGCCGUGUCUCCAGCAUAACCCACACGUGAUCCCUUCCCCUUCCUCCGCCCCAGCCCUGCAUGCCCAGCCUCCUGCCCACCCGCCUGUUUGGGCAGCAUCUGAACAGCCAUAGGGCUCCCACCUUUAUUCCCACCCUGAGAGUUCUGGGAGCCAUUCUAGGAGUCACUGGACACUCACAUCCUAGAAUCCUGUCACUCUGCAGUUGUUUCCUGUCCUCUCUCCUCCCCUUGGGUCCUGGGAGUGCUGCUGCUUCAAUGACCCCAGAGCCUCAGGGCAGCUGUUUCUUGAGCUGUUGUGAGAUGGUCCUUUCUUGGCCUUGGCUGUCUUAGAAAGCCUGAUGGCAAUCCUGGAAGGAUUUACACUUCCUUCUGUGAGUUUUGUGUGGAAGGGCAGGGGAUAUAGAUUGUAUAAAAAGAGUAUAUAUACGUAUAUCUAUAUAUAACAUGACACAGAAAUAAAUCUAUGAGAAGUCUAUCUACAAACACGCCCUGAACUGGGUGUCUUCUGUCUUUGGUGUUUGUGGAUGGGAAGAAGGCUCAUUCCCAGUCCGCUCUAAAGCAAAGUGCCGGAAAAACAAAAGAACCCGGUACUGGAGACCUAGAUCGUGGGCCGUUUGACUCUGGCCAGAUCGGCUCAGCAUCUCGGCAUUCUUUAAGAAGCAGUGGAUGCUCACCGAGCACCAGCAUGUGGUAGGCUCUGGAGGUCCAAAGCGAUGGGCACUGUCCCUGCUCUCAAGGAGCUUGAGUUCAGCCUGUUUCCUUCCACCUUAUAGAAUUGUAGGCGGAAGAGUUGAUAGUAAACUUCAGUUUUUGCAUCAGUACCACACAGGACUCUCCCAUCUCAGUAAGAAGCAGCAGUCAGGCUCCUGUCCCUGUCCAAGGCAGAGCGUCCAAGCAGCAUGCUGGGAGGAUUAGUCUCCUUGGCUCAGCGCACUGCUGCGCACGCCCUAGAAUUGGGAAGCUCUAGUGUAAGUGACAGCUGCCCCGCCGCCGCCCCCGCCCGUGCAUGAGAGGCGAUUGCCUCCUGAGGGUCCCAGUGUUGACCGAGUUGCCCUCCCGAGCUUGUGCUGUCCUCUAGGUGGAGAUGUAGGACAGACUACUGUUCACUGGUCCUAAAGGUGUCAGUUGUAGAAUUGGAAGUGGGGGUAGAUCCCGAGUUUUCGGUUAAAAGUGGUCCGGGUGAGCCAGUUAUCUUGCAGGGCAGCGGAGACUGAAUGGGACCAGGCCAGUGGGCCCUGUCUCGGGAAUUGACACUGUUUAGCUUUGGCCUAGGCUAGCCUGUUGAGCCUGUUGCAUCUUGAGUCUAAGUCUCUGAAAUAAAGCCCUUCUUCCUCCCACACCGUCCACUGUGCAGAAGUCACUAACUACUGAUGCUUCAAGCCCGUGCCCCCUUUCCCUGCCCAGGCCCCAUUUUUCUCUUGAACGUUAGUAUCUCAUUUUCCUGUAAGCUGCUUCCAGCCCUGACUCCACAACUGCCCUGAUCUGUCUAGUGCCGGCCUUCCGUGGGUGUCUCUACAGUCUGGUGUGGGCUGGGCUGGGACUGCCUGGUCCUCCACCCAAAGAGGGAGGAGGCGCCGUUCACAGCCCCAGGGACAUGAACAUGCAAUUUAUCUUUGAUUUACAAAGACAGGGCUCUUGGCCCCCAAGGCUUGGAGAUGGGGGAGUGGAGUAUUUGGGGGCUGGUUUUGACCAUGGAAUUUGGUUCAGGAUUUAGGGAUUCCGUGCAUAACCAAGCCUAGGGCACCAGGAAGAUUCUCCCAACCAAGAGUCUUAUCAGCACUUGGACAUUCUCACAUGCUGAUCCCUGCUGUACAGCAAUCUCAGAGGAGCUCAGGGCUGGACCACUAUGGUAGGGAGGAAGAGGAAGAGAACUUGGCUUCCUGUGAGUUCAGAGUUCGUGCACGUGAAACAGGUGACACUUAGAAGGUAAAGACAAAGUCUCCAUAGCUAAAAAACAUAACUGGACUGGGGCGCACCUUUAUGCACAAGAAGAGCAAAGGCAAUGUCUAUAGUCAAUGUUUCACGCGAUCCCGUUAAAGAGGGGUUAGAAAUUCUCUGCUUAGGUUCAACUUCCAACAUAGGUGGAGAGAAGGGAGUUCAGCGGGGCAAGUCUAGGCAGUGUAUGAGUUCUCUUGCUGUGUAACAAAUUACCCUGAAACUUAGUGGCUUAAAACAACACACAUUUAUUAUCUCAGUUUCUAUGGUCCGCGAAUCAGCACAACUAAGUUGAGUUCUCUGCUGAGUUUUCAGGGUCCCUCCCGAGGCUACAGCACAGUGUUAGCGAGGGCGUCUCAUCUCAGGGUUCCAGUAGGAAGGACUUACUUCCAGGCACACCCAGUGAUUGUCAACAGGAUUCAUCAGCUUUAGGUGGUCAGACUAAGGACUUCAUUCCCUGGCUGACUGUAUGUCAGAGGCAGCCCCAUUCAUCAGAGCAAGAGCCAGAGAGAAGAUAUCAGCAAGGUGAAAUCAGUCUUUUGUAA